AUGUCCAACUCGAAGUGCAGUAUUUGCGCCACCGGUAUAGUACCUGCGGGCCUGGCGCGUUCUGCUCCCAUGUCGUGCGCGACUGGCGAUAUCUGCUACCUUCGAGAGUCUCUCGCAACCCCGGUGGAGUACAUCCUCCAAGCCACGGAGGUGAUACGACAGGAUCCCGUCGCAUUGCAGAGAUCGAAAGCCGCACUUCGCGACUUAAGGAGCAGGAGCAUUGGGAAAUAUCGUCCGUGCCUUCUCGUGAGGAACGCAAUCCCUGGCGCACGCCCCGCGACUGUAUUCCUCAUGGGUACGCUCCGCAGGGAACCUAUAGAGUCUCCCAGUAUCCCGAAGGUAUACCGCGAGUUCUGCAGGGCGAUAUAUCCCAACUCGGGUUUUCUCGAUUCCGCCCACUUCCACACGACACCUCCCUGGCCGCACAGUAGUCAGUGGCUAGUCAGCUAUCCGAUACCCUUGGGCGACAACAACCUUGUGACAGUACAUUGGCGCUUCAAGGAUGAGAGCACGCCUGCUCAAGUGUACGCGAUGGACAAGGCAUCGCUGGAGGCGUUGACGGUGCACAGCAGGAAAACAUUCAAAGAAUGGCAGGCUCGCUGCAACAAGGAGCCUGAAUUUGCACGCGCCGUUGAAACAGAGUGGAGGGCGCGGUCCGCGGCUCUGAGACCCAGGAGGCGGAGCAUCUCAGACAAGUAUCUGCACGGCUCAGAGUUGCUAUGUUUCUCGCCCACCAUCGCUACAUACCAUUCCCGAGCAAAGUAA